AAAGCUCGCAGGCAGGUUAACCAAAGACCUACCGGAACCAGUACUCGUACAACCAAAAAGUAGCCGUUGCCUUUUUCCCGAAUUAUCUUCGCCGAGAUCCAUAAAAAACGAACGGAACCUCCGCUUUUCACGCCCUCACCCGAUUUCAAAUCCGUCGCGCACGAAAGCGGCCGAAAAGUUCCAAACCGCGUCGAUCGAGCGUUUUCGAGCCAAAAAGGAAAGCAGGAGGAGACGAGGAGAUCAAAAGGGGGGGAAAGAUGGUGGAGAUCGCCGCGAGAUUCAUGGACAAGGUUGAGGCGGCGGCGGCGGCGGCGGAGGAGGAGGGUGAUGUCGGCGGGGAGGAGGUGGAGGCGCUGCCGGAGCCGCCCGACGACGCCGGCCCCGUCGCGUGGCCCAUGCCGGAGUUCUGCCCGCUCACGAUCGACGGGUUGGUGAAGGAGUCGUUCAUGGAGGCGCUGCGGAAGGACGCGGCGGAGCAAGCGCUGCGGGACGCGGAGGCGGUGGAGGCGGCGCGGAGCCCGGAGUCCCGGCCGUCGAGCAGCAAGCGCCAGCGCGCCGCCACCGCCUCGCCGCAGCAGCAGCAGCAGCCCUCGUCGUCGUCGUCGUCGUCGUCGAGGAGCCCGUACCGCAACAUUCUGCAGGUUUUCCAGCAGUGCAAGCAGGACGUCACCUGAUCGGAGGAAGAAGACAACGAGGAGGAGGACAAGAGCACAGUACAGGCCGCGACAUCUCGGCUUAAUUUUUACUUUUUUUUUCUCACUUGAUUACGUGAUGAUGAAAAUAAUGCUCGAUUAGUUCUUGGCAUGUACUAUGGAUCAAUCGAUUCAGUUCGGUGAUAGUUUACAGUUGGUGGCAUAGUCGAUAGGAAGCUUUAUGCUUGUGUAAAGAUCAUGAGAUACAACUAAAUUACGCCAUGACAAAUUCAGAUUCAUCUGUAAUGAUAUCAAGAAAAAGACAGAUUCAUUUCAGAUUCA